AGGGCUCAUGUCACGUGUUGUGAUUUGAUUACGAUGUCUGUAUUUGAUUUUUAAGGCAUUUUAAUUUGUCCAUUAUUGGCAGUUUGUGUCCUCCAUACAUUUCCCUCCUCGGGGCGGUCUCCAUCUUGUUCUGUCUGAACUCUUUGUCUAACGUCACCAACAGACCGAAUCAAAGAGUAAAUACGAUGGUCUGUUAUUGGCAGAUUUCCUGAAAAGAGGCGGGAGCAGAGUUUGUAGUGAGCGCUGAUUGGCCGGCGGGUCCGUCGGUCUGUGCUCGUGCGUGUGGCGUCUGUGGGUCAGGUUGAUGGAGCGCUGUGGAGGAGAAACACGGUGAAGGUGCUGCGAGCAGCGGAAACUUUUCUGUGUGCCUCCGCUUCGCGUUUUUCCUUCGUCCCGCCUUUUUCGGCUCUUUUUCACUCACUUUACUUUCUUUCUUCAAACUUCACGGCGGUUUCUCCACUUUACGGUCCCAGUGGUGUCUCCCUGGCAACACGAUCAACUGUCCUGCGAAGUUAGGGUCUGUGUUUUUACCUUCAGCGGAAAAAAACUGCUCGUUCACGCGCUGAGCUAACAGAACCGAGCCGGGACCGACGGGAGCGCGCGCAGAGGCUCUCCCAGUACUUUUUUGGUUCCGUUUCCGUUCGUGUGGCUCGGACCGGCUCUUCGUCGCGAGACAAUAGUGAGGAAAAGAAAGAGAGAGGGAGCUCGCGCUGGUGGCGGGGAGGGUCGAUGCCUCGCGGCGCUUUGUUCUGCCCGCUGUGGAGACCUCCCGCGUGCCCGCCGCGGAUACCUGCCGAUCGAUCGGAGUAUUGAUGACCGAGCAGAGCCAUGGACGUCACCCUCUCCGAGCUGCUAGGCGCGUUCAUGGAGUCCCCCCUGGUGGUGUGGGUGCGGACGCUGGGCCCGCUGGGGUCAGGUGACGGCGCCGGCUCAGACGAGCGACUCAGCAUGUUCAUGGAGCUGGUGGACGGCGUCUUCCUGCACAAGAUCAUGACACACAUCGACCCAAGCCCCACCAAUCAGAGGCUGAACAAGAACGUGAACAAUGAUGUGUCGCUGCGCCUUCACAACCUGACAGUCCUCACCAGACAUAUCAGGACGUACUACCAGGACACGCUGCAGCAGCUGAUCGUCAUGCCGCUGCCCAACAUCCUCUGCAUCGCCAAGGACCCGAUAUCAGCAAAGAGCAUGGAGGAACUGAAGAGGCUUUUGUUGCUGAUUCUGGGCUGUGCUGUGCAGUGUGAGCGUAAGGAGGAGAUGAUCGAGAAGAUCAAGCUGCUGGACAUCCAGACUCAGGCUGCCAUCGUGUCUCACAUCCAGGAGGUGACUCAUAACCAGCUGAAUGUUCUGGACCUGUCCUGGCUGGAGGAAGGAGCAGAGAUCAUCCACGAGGAGCUCGAGCCUCUGUCCCGCAACAUGGCGGCGUCCCUGCGGCAGCUCAUCGACCAGCGAGACAAAGCCAGCGAGGUGAUUGUGGACCUGACCCAGGAGAGGGACUACCUGUCCAGUCAGCAGCCCCAGGACGGGUGCAGGGUCCUGGGCACGAUCGGCCCAGAGCACGGGCGGAGCUCCGUGGGGGCGGGAGUGAAUAAUGGCGGCUCGGCCGGGGCGGCGCUUUCCAAGGAAGAGAAGCAACAUCUGUCCGUGGAGCUCGCCGACACCAAAGCCAAGCUCCGCAGAUACAGACAGGAGCUGGAGGAGAAGACGGAGCAGCUGAUGGAUUCGAGGCAUGAAGCUGAGCGUUUGGAUCAGGAGCUGCAGAGACUAAAACAGGAGAACCAGUCUCUGUCCGUCGAGGCGCGCUCCGCCCGGGUGUACCGGGACGAGGUGGACUCCAUGCGGGAACGAGCCGCUCGCGUCGACCGCCUGGAGACCGAACUGAGCAGAUGCAAAGAGAAGCUCAACGACGUUCACUUCUACAAAACCCGAGUGGAGGAGCUCCGCGAAGACAACCUGACCCUGCUGGAGACGAAGGUUUUGUUGGAGGAGCAGCUGUCGGCCUCACGGGGGCGCUGUGACAAACUGCACACGCUGGAGAAAGACAACCUGCUACUGCGGGCGAAGAUCCACGACCUGGAGAUGGAGCGGGACAGCGAGCGGCGACGGCUGGAGGAGCUGGUGGAGGAGAACAUGCUGCUGGAGAUCGGACAGAAGCAGAGCAUGAACGAGUCGGCUCACCUGGGCUGGGAGCUGGAGCAGCUCACCAAGAACCACGACAAUACCGAGACCCGUAAGUCUCUGGUCGACGAGCUGAACGAGUGCGUCUCCAGCCGCAUGCUGAAGCUGGAGAAGGAGAACCGGGAGCUGCAGGCGUCCAUAGAGAGGCUGAAGGAGGAGAACCACCUCCUGCAGGAGAAGCAGCUCCACACGCAGGAGCUGGACCGGGAGAACCAGAGUCUCAGCAACAAGCUGGAGCGUCUGCAGGGUUUACUGGACCAGGAGAAAAUAACCAAUCAGGACAUGGAGGCUCUGGGGGAGGAGCUACUGAAGGAGAAACAGAGUCUGGAGCGCGACAUGCACGCUCUGAAGGCGGAGAAGGACCGACAGAUCUCAGAGCUGGAGAGCGAGAAGCAGCACCUGUCGGAGGCAGUGGCGUCCCUUCAGGAGCGCGCUCAGUCUAACAGCGUGGCGAGGGUCCGCGAGGUGGAAUCAGAGAACCGCCUGCUGCACCAGAGCAUCACCGACACCAGCUCCCGAUUGGCCAGCCUGGAAACACAGCUCAAAGUAUCCAAUGAGGAGGCAGAGAGGCUGAGGGAGCGGGCGGGGCGGUGUGAGGAGGCGGAGCGAGAGGUGGCGCGGCUGGAGAGGAGCCGGGAGGCGCUCAGCAGAGAGGUGGCGUCUCUGCGGGCGUGCAGCGAGCGCUCCGAGGCUCUGGAGAAACAGGUGACCUCCUUGGAGCAGGAGGUGCACAGGCUGAAGCGGGAGGCAGAGGAGAGCCAGCGGGAGCUGCAGCGGCUGACGAAGCAGGAGGCUGAAAACGGACUGCUGUCCAAGGAGAACCUGGAGCUCCGCUGCUCCCUGGAGAGCCUGCGCUCCUCAUCCACCCGCCUCACCACUGUGCAAGAGGAGCUCCAGGAGGCGCAGAGGGAGAUGCAGGAGCUGCAGAGGAGGCUGGAUCAAGCUGGGGAGGAGGCGCAGGGAGAGAGGAAGAGAGUGGAGAGGCUGGAGGUGAACCUGACAGCUCUGAACCAGGAGAAGCAUCACAUAGAGGAGGAGAUGGAGAAGAGCAAAGAGGACAGGGUGGAGGAAGAGAGGAGGCGGCAGGAGGCAGAAAGCAGAGAGGAGGACCUGAAGAGGGAGGUGGAGGAGCUGAAGGAGGAGCGGAGGAGGCGAGUGGAAGGAGACGAGGAGAGGAAGAAGCUCCAGCUGGACCUGGAGCAGUCGGAGAAGGGCCGGAAGCAGCUGGAGAAGGAGAGCUGGAGGAUGAGGACGCUCCUGGAGGGGAAGGAGACGGAGCUGGAGGAGAAAACCAGGAGGCUCACCGAGGUCACGAAGGAGGGAGGAGCUCUCAAAAAGGAGGUGGAGCGAAUGAAGGAGGCGGCGGUGAAAGCAAAGGAGGUGGAGCGAGAGAACAAGGAGCUUCAGAAACAAGCGACGAUCGACAAGAGGACGCUGGCCACGCUCAGAGAGGAGCUGGUGUCGGAGAAGCUGAGCGUCCAGCAGCAGAAGGUCGAGCUGGAGCGACUGAACGAAGAGCUGGAGAAGAUCGGACUGAACCGGGAGAAGCUGCUGCAGCAGGAGCACACGCUGGAGGACAGCAGGUACAGGCUGCUGGAGUCUCGGCUGGAGGAAACCGUCCAGCAGACCAUGAAGGUCAAGGAGGAGAAAAUCUCCAGCCUGGAAAAGAAGCUGGAAGAAAGCGGCGCCCUCAACAAGACGCUUCACGCGGAGCUGGAAGCUGCUCGUCAGACGGCGUCCGCCUCCCAUCAGCAGCACGAGGAAGUAAACCACAACUCCCAGCAGCACCCGGCGGCUGACCGCAGCGCCACGGCCGAACUGCUGCGAAUCAAAGAUCACCUGAUCGACGUGGAGAAGAACAACGCCUCCCUGCAGACGGAGAGCAGUCUGCUGAAGGAGCAGCUGAAGCAGCUGGAGAACCAGAACACUUCCCUCAACAACCAGAUGGCGGCGCUGCAGCGGCACACCACCACGCUGCAGGAGCAGAACUCGGCGUUGCACACACAGACGGCGAAGCUGCAGGUGGAGAACUCCACCCUCUCCUCUCAGAGCGCCUCUCUCAUGGCCCAGAAUGCCGUGCUGCAAGGCCAGGUGACCGCCCUGGAGACGGAGGUGGAGUCGUGGCAGCGGCAGCGCGAGGAGGCGUGGCGAGCCAGAGAGGGCGUGCUCAGUGAUCACGAGCGCCUGCUGAGCGUUCACGAGAGGCAGGCUCACGAGUACGAGCAGCUGAUCAGUCAGCACGCGGCGCUGAAGGGCAAACAGAGGGCGCUGGAGAGCGAGCACAGGACGCUGCACGGCAAGUACUGUGCACUGCUGCAGCAAAAGGAGAAAUGGGAGGAGCAUGAGGGGCGUGGCCUGAAAGAGAAGGAGGAGCUAAACCUGGAGAUCCAGAAGAACCGCCUCCUGCAGCAGGAAAACCUCCAGCUGAAAACAGAUGUGGACAGACUCUCCGAGAGCCAAUCACAGCAGGCGGAGCAGAGCAAGGGGCUCCAGCAGCGACUGAACGAACUCAAGAGCUCUUUAAGCUCCUCCCAGCUGGAAGUGAGUCAGUGUAUGGCGCAAUACGAUUCGCUGAUGGAGCAGCACCAGACGCUAGAUCUCACCAUGACUAAACUAGACAACCACUGUGAGCUCCUGAGUCGCCUCAAAGGGAACCUGGAGGAGGAGAACCACCACCUGCUGAGCCAGAUCAACCUGCUGAGUCAGCAGAACCACGCGCUGCUGGAGAGGAGCAUGGAGAGCAAGGAGCUGUACCACCAGGAGCAGAAGCUCUACAUUGAUAAGCUGAACGCUCUCCGUCGUCAGAAGGAGAAACUGGAGGAGAAGAUCAUGGACCAGUACAAGUUCUACGACCCCACGCCUAAAAAGAGGAGUCAGUGGGCCGGAGCCAAAGCUUUAGUCAAACUCAUCAAACCCCGAAAGGAGAGCAGCCGGGAGAGGGGGGCCGAGAGGGAGCGGACUAAGAGCGCCCCGGACAUCCCCCUACCAGCCACGCCCCCCCUCCUGCCCCCCUCCACCCCGCCCCUCCACCCCAGAGGACCCUCAGUGACUCGCAGGACGGCGGCCAUAACAGCCCGGGCCCCCAGAGUCCAGCUGUGACCCCCAUCAGCCGAGGUUUGGCGGACAGGAGCCGGGGCGUUUAUCACAGCAGCACACCAGGAGGAAGCAGCGAAAGCGUGAACGGAGAAGAUGCACAGGGACC